AUGUCCCUCAAAACCCGCAGCGCUGACGGCCUAGUCACUUUUGUGAGCCGGUACCAUAAGGGUUUCCACCUUAGCGGUGAUGUCAAGGUUAUCCACCAGUUUGUUCCACGAGUAGGAGGGUCUCUUGUUGUACGAUAUAUUUUGCUGGCUCUACUGUUUGUGGAUCGGCUCGUGGCCCUGCAACAGAGCAUCCAGGGCCAGCCUCUUGCGAAUCCUACCACUCCGGCCGACUCGGCUCUCUGGGGCCCAGACCCUGUUCCUCGGUGUGACUGGACAUCGGAUCAUUUUAGCAAGAAGCUCCAAAUGUAA